AGAAAUAUAUAAGCAGCAUAAACCAUGUCGGACCAACGGACUAUUGUUAUUGCUGUUGAAGAUAGUGAGCACUCUAUGUUUGCAUUUGAUUUUUACGUUGACAAUGUCCACAAGCCUGGAGAUCGUAUUGUCCUUGUCCAUGUGCCAGAGUAUAGCAAUGUAAUUACAGACUCGUCUUUAUUAACAGACACACAGAUCCUUGCGGAGUUACUGAAAGUAACGGAAGAGAAAACACAAGAAUUGAUAGAUAAAUAUACUUUGAAAAUGGAGGAACUGCGACUUAGUGGAUACGUAAAGCAACAAAACGGAAGUCCAGGGGAGGCCAUUUUAGAAGUUGUGGAAGAAGAGGGAGCAGUUCUGUUGAUUUUAGGAUCAAGAGGGCGAGGAUUUAUUCGCAGGACGUUUUUAGGAAGUAUAAGUGAUUACUGUCUCCACAACUGCAAUGUCCCUGUAAUAGUGUGUAGACAUAAGAAAUUUAAAUGUUCUCAUGACCAAGGUAAACAGUGAAUACGAAGGACUUCUUCAUCACAGAACACGAUAAUUCAAAACAGUCUAAAAGGAUUAACGUAGCAGUCCCCUUGGCAGGUGUAAAAUACUUUCAGUAACCUGUUUCCGAAAGAUGCAUUCUGUUAUUUUAUGAUAUUCCUUUUACUAAAAAGUGAACACUUUUAAAAUCACCCUUUCUUUAUUGCAGCUGUAAAAACUAUCAUUAAGCUGUUUGAAAGAGAUAUAUUUUGUAUAUUUUUCAUAUCUGAUACUUUACUCAAAAACAAGGUUGAAUUUAUAUCGCAUAUAUAAAUAUCAUGAAAGAAUAAACUGUUUAUCUUAACUUAUAACAUCGAAAAGUUCUCAUAGGAUAAAAGAUGGUUUUAAAUAAUGUUUUUCUUAUGUGAUGCGAAGUCAAUUAUAUAAUUGAUCAUAUCUUUAGUAGCCUAAGCAAUGAUGUAACGCACACAUUACUUUAUAUUUCAAGCCUAUUCGAUGCAUGUAUUUAAUAUAAUGUUUGUUUUAUUCAAUUCUAAUAAUUACUCUGAUUCAUAUCAAAGUCUACACGUAUGACGUAUAUUAACAAAAAGAAUUUGAAAUGGAUAUUGUUUAUUUUACGGAAACAGUUAAAACCCUGUUGGACUGUACAAAUUCGCAAAUAGAUUAUUUAUUUUGUCUUUUGUAGUAACGUCUGUAAUCUCCUAUUAGAACUGCGUUGAGACUGUCCAUGUACCAGACAUAUUGAAGCAGUUUCAAACACUUGUUGUAGGUACGUUUGUGUAAUAUAUUAAAUUUAGUUAUAUAAUAUAUUUAAUGGAAUGGGCUAUCAUGUGAGUGGCUAAUUCAAUAUAUUAUCACAUCAGUUUCCAGCAAUCUUGCUUUUGCUUAGUGUG